AUGAGAGUCUUUUCAAGAGGCGUUGCAAUCAUCGCGAUGGCAGUACUUGCCACGGCUGAGGUCCAAGCCGACACGGUCUACUGUCAGACUGUAACGUCGACUGGUACCGUUUGUCCCACAUUCGUUCAGUUGGCAUGUCUUGCCUUGUCAACCAUCUCCAGCCAAUGCGGAUGUCCAUCGACAGUUCCAACGAAAUCAGUCGACUACCCGUGUGGUGGAAACCCACCACGCGGCUGCAUGGGGACUUCGUAUAUCUACGAGACUGCAACUCCAACCUGUGGGGGCGUCACUUCCACCACCGAGGCUGUUCCCACAAUUGCGCCGACUCCCACUCCCACUACUGCCGGCCUCGAGGCAUGUCCAACGGUCUACACAACAGAAAUGUGUGACAAUUGCAUACGGCCCAUGUGUGUACAGUUGUCGAAAAUCUCUCAGCUUUGCCAUUGCCCAACGCCAGUACCCACCGUCACCGUGAACAUUGACUGCCCCAAUUGCCCUACGGGAUGUGGCACUUACUACGAGUACGAGACUGCAAAGCCGGAGUGCGCUCCGACUGCUUGA